AUGGACAAUUCCGGUAAAGAAAAGGAAGCAAUUCAGCUCAUGGCUGAAGCAGAUAAGAAAGUGAAGUCGUCCGGUUCAUUCCUGGGAGGAAUGUUUGGUGGAAACCAUAAAGUAGAAGAAGCAUGUGAGAUGUAUGCCAGGGCAGCCAACAUGUUUAAGAUGGCCAAGAACUGGAGUGCUGCAGGGAAUGCUUUCUGUCAAGCAGCUAAACUCCACAUGCAGCUGCAGAACAAGCAUGACUCUGCCACCAGCUUUGUUGACGCUGGUAAUGCCUAUAAGAAGGCUGAUCCCCAAGAGGCUAUCAACUGCUUAAAUGCAGCCAUCGAUAUAUACACAGAUAUGGGAAGGUUUACUAUUGCUGCCAAGCACCAUAUCACAAUUGCUGAGGUAUAUGAGUCUGAGCUGGUGGAUAUUGAAAAGGCAAUUGCACACUAUGAGCAGGCAGCUGACUACUACAAGGGAGAGGAAUCAAACAGCUCUGCAAACAAGUGUCUGCUGAAGGUUGCUUCAUAUAGCGCCCAGCUGGAGCAGUACCAGAAGGCCAUAGAGAUCUAUGAGCAGGUUGGAACCAACACUAUGGAUAACCCUUUACUGAAAUACAGUGCAAAGGAAUACUUCUUCAAGGCUGCACUAUGCCACUUUAUUGUUGAUGAAUUAAAUGCAAAGCUUGCUGUAGAAAAGUAUGAAGAAAUGUUUCCAGCAUUUUCAGACUCAAGAGAAUGCAAGUUGUUGAAGAAACUCCUGGAAGCCCAUGAAGAGCAAAACAGUGAAGCUUUCACUGAAGCAGUCAAAGAGUUUGACUCCAUCUCUCGCCUGGACCAGUGGCUGACCACCAUGCUUUUGCGCAUCAAGAAAACUAUCCAGGGUGAUGCUGGGGAUCUUAAAUGAAAAGAGGGACGCUAUGGCCUGCCACUCACACCAUUCUAUAUCGUUUGUGUCCAAAUGUGCUUGUUCAGGUUCUCAGCACAGAUUGCAGUUUUAAUUUGUCUUUCCUUACUGUUACAGCCAUAACUCUGUCAAAUCAAGUCAAGGUCAUAUUUCUCAUACUGUCACUUCUACCCUGAGGAUGCAGCUGCAGUGUAUGACCUUUUUGGAGGAAUUUUAAGCACGGUGUCUUGUUUAUAUUGUAUUAAGGAUCCAAGGGCAUUCUGCACAGUUAAAUAGGUGAUGGAUUUUGUUUUCAAAUGUUAAUCACUUAUAUAUUACCAGUGAAAGUCUUAGUGUAUAUUUGUAAUUACUUAAUAGAUGGAGUGGAAAAUAGUAUAUUUUAAAUAAUUUAACUGACAUCAUUUUACCUGAUGUCUUUCAGUCUUCUCCCUUGGGUAACUUAUUUCCUACCUGGUUGUAAAAUACAGUACAGAAACACCUGAAUGUAGAAUGUCCUGUCUGCACGUUGAAGGUCGUGAGAGCAACAAAGUAAGUUCUCAUUCUCCUUUUCACCUAAACUGAAUUCCAUAUUUGUCUUUUAGACAAAUGUAUAACCAAAGGGAUAAACAAUAAAAGCAGAAAGUGGAGCGGAUGGCAUUUUUCAUUAAAGAGAAAUGCAUAAUUUGGGCAAAUCGUCAAAGAAAUACAUUUUUAAAGCACAAUACUGAGUACCACCGAAAUGUGCAUAGGUAUGUUGAGACUAAAUAACAGUGACAUCCCCACUAUGUCAGAUUCAUGUUGCCCAGUAGCAAAGAAGUUAUGGUUUACAUUCAGUUUCUUGAACUAACUUGAAGAGGUUAUAGCUGGGCUCUUAGUUCUUCACCUUGACUGUUGUCAAAAUAUAUGUUGAUCUAAUUUAUUUUAUAUUAACAUAAUGCUUAUGCUAACUUGUUGGACUAUUUUAAAUGUUAAUUUUUGCACGGUUGAUAGAGUGCGUCCAAUUGCAUACGUUGUUGACACUUAUCAUCAAGCUGUGUGUAUUAUGUCUUAAUGUGCAAUGUCUGUGUCGUGAAUAUAUACUUGUUCUAGAGUUUUCCCUGGUGCCCCGUCCCAGGCUCAAGCAUACAGCAUGUCAUAAUGUGUAAUGUAAGUUUGCGUGUUUAGUAUUGUGACAUGUAACAAGGUUUUGAGAAACCAACAAGAGACAAAUCGACCGGUAUAUCAAGAUUCUUUCCGCUUGAGGAACUGUCUCUUCAUGUAUUAUUGUAUGUCAGUUUGUGCUAAUGUACAGUAAUAAAAAUAGGUCUCU